AUGGCAGCAAAAAGAAAUACGGGAAAAGGUCCAAUUACCCGUGCAGCCAACUCAGCGGCGGCAAAACAACUUGCCGGUGAAAACUUUUCAUCAACCAAGGUCCGCCGAAAACGCCGUCCGCCUAGACGAUUACCCGUUGCACUCCGAAAGAAGGAUAUAUGGAGCCAAUUGCUGUCAAUGGAUUUGGGUCUUUCGAUUGCAGAUUGGCUAGCCAUGGACAAGACAGCAUACAAUGACAUUCGCGAUGGGCUCCGUUACUUGCAUGGGAGACCACGUGGGUUAAUGGGUAAGAUACGUUCGCGUUGGGAUCUUUAA